AUGUACUUCUAUUGUAGGGAGGAAUUAAUAGAGCGAGUGCUGCUGUCCUCCAUGCUGAAUCCAGGUGAGCAGUGGCAGUCCUUCCGCCAUCACGGCCGCACAUUCACUCUAGAAUACCGCCUGCGAUUCCGCUGCGAUACCAAUUACUACGGCCCACUCUGCAACAAAUUCUGCCGAGCACGAGAUGACUUUUUUGGCCAUUUCAACUGUGAUCCUUCCGGUAUUAAGGUGUGUAAGGAGGGCUGGACUGGAGCAGAGUGCAGACAAGCGGUGUGUAAGCAGGGAUGUCACAUGGACCACGGCUCCUGCGAUCUGCCCGGAGAGUGCAAAUGUAAUUACGGCUGGAAGGGUGGUCUGUGCGAUGAGUGCGAGACGUUUCCUGGGUGUGAUCACGGCACUUGCACUGAACCCUGGAAGUGUGUGUGUGACACAAAUUGGGGCGGCCUGCUCUGUGACAAAGAUCUGAAUUAUUGUGGUAACCAUCACCCAUGCAAGAACAUGGGUACUUGUACCAACACUGAACCCAAUGAGUACCUGUGUGUGUGCAAGGAGGGUUUCCGUGGCCGCAAUUGUGACAUCGUGGAGCACGCCUGUCUCUCCUCUCCAUGUGAGAAUGGUGGAACGUGUGUUGAAGACCCAACAGGCUUCAGCUGCGCGUGUGCGCAGGGAUGGACGGGACCCUCCUGUGCCUCCGUGGUGUUGCAGUGUGACUCCAAUCCCUGUGGGCGUGGGGCCACGUGUCAAGAGACGCCGCAAGGUUUCCAGUGUCUGUGUCCUCCGUUCUGGACUGGCAGAACCUGCCAGCUCGGGCUCAUCCGUAACCUCGACCACAGCGUGGCCCUGCUGCCUCCUGCCCAAACAGUGCCCACCUCUGUGCCCAUGCCAGUGCUCUGCAGUGAAGAGAUUGAACUUACACUUCCUCCCUCACCUGUGCCCUCUCCAGCUAUAAAACCAGCCCACGGGUCCAAGCUGGACAUUUGCAACCGCGAGCGGGAAAAACUAAACCGUUUCCACUAUGCAGAGAACCAGGAACUGGAGGUGUGACCGCACUUUGACCACUGGGAAGGAUUCUGACUUCUUGGUUCAGAGGGUCUGUUGUGUUUGAUGUAUCGUAAUCAACCUCUGCUGGUGAACCUUGACCUCUGAGCUUUGCAUUAUAGAGAGGGUUCAAACUUGGAAGGGAAUUAUUGGCACAGUCACAGGCUGAAGAAACUGUACGGACAGACAGGGUCCAAAAUUUUAACACACUUGUCAAUGGUGGGUAAACUCAGAAUAUUUAACAGACAUAAAUAUUUCUAAUCAGUCAUGAAACUGUAUUUAUUUUAAUAAAAUUCCAUUAUUUUGAUAGAAUUUGUGUUUAGAAAAAAAAAAAAUCCGAUUUGAAUUAACUUUUUUCAUGAGAUAAAA